UCUGAAGAGAUUCCCAAGCACACAGGAAAUAGUCCAGAAUGGCAGAUACCGGCCAGGUUUUUGGCUUUAAUCCAUGGAGCCGCCAAUGGUGAUGAUUUAUAAAGCAGACCCUUUGAAGUCCCAAGUAUUUGGAAUCUAAUCCGCCAUGGAUGAUGGAGGAGGGUUCAGAAAGGCAAGAAUGGAGCUUGAAGCACUCUACGAGGGAGUGCCAGAUGAGUCUGUGAAUCUCACCUUCCGACAUCUCACAGACGUCAAUGUUCAAUCCAGAGCCAACCCAUCAAUCCAAAUCCCAAUCCCAAGAGACAAUCAAAGCACCCCAUUAACCAAACUCCCCAGCCUAGACUUCAACAGAGCCCUCCAAGCAGCCAACCAAUACUCCCGCCCCGACGCCAAAAUCAGCCUCCAUCCGAGUGCGCAGGUCGGUGGGAGUAGUAGUGGGUCGCCGCUUGCCCCUGCCGGCCACACUCAAAGCCGUCCAACUUCGGAGCAUGAGUACAUGCAUGCCCAUGUUGGGUUGAGGCCGGCUUUGGAGUACAGUGCAGCCUACGAGGAGGCAAGCCGCAUCAGCGGCAUGGGUUCCAUGUAUCUCCAUCACAGAGCCACGCCGGGGAGACGCCGCCCGGGGAUUCCUCACUCCAAUAUCUGCACCAACUGCACCACCUACAUCUAUGUCUUCCGCCAUCGUUGCCUGGUCUGUGGAAGAGUUUACUGCCGGCAAUGUGUGAGAAUUGGGAUGGGGGAGAUGACGGAGGGAAGAAAGUGCAUAGAAUGUUUGGGAAGAAAAUUCAGCAACAGGUACAUAGGGGAGGCAGGAGAUGUGGGGUGCUUCGGUUGGAGGUACUCAACUGCGGUGAAGCACGCAGAGCUUAAGUGGGCGGAGAAAGGGCCUCGCCGGAGAGGAGAGAGAGCCCCACGGAGAGGGUGCGGGGGCGGUGGCGGUGGCGGCGGGGUAACGAACUCCAUGAGUAUGAUGUCGGCAAGAAAUAGUCCAGAAUGGCAGAUACCGGCCAGGUUUUUGGCUUUAAUCCAUGGAGCCGCCAAUGGUGAUGAUUUAUAA